AAACUUCCAGCGAGAGGAGAAGCGUGCCAACCGCCGGUUUGAACUCAGUUUCUUCCCAAAAAAGCGCGCAGAGAGACAUCUUGACACAGUUCCUCCUCAUCUUUGCGGAUAUCUAUACACUUCUGUAACCACGGCUUCAAAGGUGGACAGCGUUUUUUCCUCUCUAUCCCUGCAUUUCUUCAAGAAAGAAAUGGAAGAGGGCUCCAGUUCUCCGGUCUCCCCUGUGGAUAGUCUGGUGACCAGCGAGGAGGAGCUGGACAGACAGCAGAAACGCUUCGCGAGGAAGAGGAGACACAGUAAAAAGUCCAGCGAGGACAGCAGCGGCAGCAGCCCGGGGCCGGGGAAGCGGGGCAAGAAGCCGAGUCCGAGCAGCACUCAGUCUUACGAGGAGCUGCAGAACCAGCGGGUCCUGGCCAACGUCCGGGAGAGGCAACGGACUCAGUCUCUGAACGAGGCCUUUGCGUCUUUGCGCAAAAUUAUCCCCACGCUGCCAUCGGACAAACUCAGCAAGAUACAGACGCUGAAGCUGGCCUCCAGAUACAUAGAUUUUCUCUGUCAGGUGCUGCAGAGCGACGAGAUGGACAACAAGAUGUCCAGCUGCAGCUACGUAGCGCACGAAAGACUCAGUUACGCGUUCUCCGUGUGGAGGAUGGAGGGCGCUUGGUCUAUGUCAGCAUCUCACUAGCACCCAGAGAACUUCACUCACAAUGCCAAAGCGACUGUUUACUUCUACAAAGUAUGAAGACCAAAGGGAUUAUUGAAGAACCCAUCGACCUCAAAGGCAUGGCAGAGACGUAAUGUGACCCACAACUACAAACUCUUGGGGGAGUGUGUGUGUGUGUGUGGAUGCAGAUUCAUCACACUGCUUCUGACUGUCUGGAGCUGUUUGUGGCAGAGCAAAUGGGGAAACACACACACACAGAGCCCUGCAGAAGGCCUGAAGAUUCACGGCCUGUAUUUCAGCAAAGCCAUCCUCUAAAUGUUUUUUUUUUCUUUUUUUUUUUUUUAAGGAAAUCUAUUUUGUUUUUCAAAGACUUUAAAGCAAAGUAUAAAUAUAUAUAAAUGAAUGCAUAUUGUACAUACUUGUGUAAGUACGCCUAUAGCCUGUAAAGGGACCAAUGCAAUUUAGAGUCUUUCGCUGCAUGGAUUUAUUUCACCGACUUUCUUUUAGCGAGUCUCCAUCCAAACUCCGUCCAAUGUACAUUUUUUUUUGUUUUUGUUUUGCUUAUUUAUUAAAACACGUAUUUUUGAACGAAAUAUGCUUCAUUUUUUUUGUUAUUUCAGAUUUUGAGCUUUAGCUGGAUACGUUCCAAUAAAAUAAACAAAUAAGCCAAUUAUUCAGCCGAAACUAAAAAAGAAAUGCCUCUUGUUUGCCAGAUUUUCUUUUCUUUUUUUUCCUCUCCUGGGUGUGAGAAGUUACCCUUUUUACUCUCCCCCUCCUCUUGUUAUGGAAAGAAACCCUUAAAAAAAAAGAAAAAAAAACAGACCGUAAAAAAAUACAGCUUCAUUAACAGUGCAGGAAAUUCAGGCCAGUUUGUGCGCUUAAAUAUUUCAAAUGGUGAUGCCUUUGGGCUCUUUAACGAGCAGGGAGCCCCAGAUAAGGACAAUAACUCUGCAGCUUUAAAAAAAAAAAACA